AUGUCCUGGAGCUGUCAGCGCUGUCGGCAGCCGUUGCUGUUGCAUCCGUCGGUCUCCUCGGAUCUCGACCUCAAUCAAUCGGCGUAUGACCUCGUGCAGGACUCUUUCAUCGCGCCGCGCCACGCCUUGAACUCAAAGGCAUCAUCAUCAUCAUCGAGGAUACCAGCUCUAUCCACAGACAAGCCAGAGGAUGCCGCUUCGACGUCAAAGCCCACUGCUGGCGAAGGUCCAAAUGAUGCCAACUCGCUAAGCGCACGACUCGCCGCCUCAUCGGCGCUCUUCGAUCUGCUAUCGCAUCCGCCUGUGGCCAAAAGCGGCAAAGGAUCACCGUCAGCAUCGCGGAUCAGCAAGAAGAAUCUUAAAUCUCGCAGCUCCUCGUCGACGGUCAUCGAUCAUCCACUCUGCAAAGCAUGUACAGACACGCUGCUCGACAUUAUGGACUCGCAAAUGUCGCAAGUGCGCUCGCAGCGCGACUCGUACCUCGCAUUUGAAGCCGAGCUGCGCAGAUAUAAGGUGUUGCCAUCGUCAGCACGGUCCAGCCUUCAACGUCGCGGGUCUUUCUCCUCAUCCACAGCAAGGCAGAUAGAGAGUGAUCAGGACACGGCAGCGAUACGACAGCAGCAGCUAGAGGAAUGCCAGAGCUUGCAACACGAGAUCGACGAGCUCAUCACCGACGAGUCGACCGCAUUGGGCGAGCUCAAGGAAGCCGAAGCUGCGCGAUUAGAUAUCGAAGCGCAACUCGCAGCCAUUGCCGAAGAAGAAGCUGCGCUGCAACAGGAAGAAGAACGGUUCUGGUCGCAAUACUCUUCGCACUCGCUGACGCUGUCGAAGCUGGAAGAGGAGAAGGCGUCGCUCGCGAUGGCCGUGGCGCACGACAAAGAGCUGCUGGCCCGGCUGCAAGCGACAAACGUCUACACGGACGCCUUCUGCAUCGGCCACUCAGGCGGCAUUGCCACCAUCAACGGUCUCCGUCUCGGCAGGCUUCCCGGGCAACCGGUGGAGUGGAACGAGAUCAACGCGGCAUGGGGACAAACGGCGCUGCUGCUCGACGUGCUCUCUCGCAAGCUCAACAUCGCUUUUCGUGGCUACCGCCUCAUUCCCAAGGGUUCAUUUAGCGUUGUGUAUCGCUACGAAGAUGCGCGCACGCAGCACUACUCAUCCGCUUCUUCGUCCGCAUCCACCUACCUUCCUUCCUCAGCAGCAACUGACGCAGCCGAAGCAGCAGAUGGAGAGGAAAGCGGCGAAAAGACGGUCUACGAACUCUACGGCUCGUCCGAUUGGCAGAUUGGCCGUCUGUUGCAAAGCAGACGCUUCGACCACGCCCAAACGGGCUUCCUGGCGUGUCUUAAGCAGGUGGUCGACUUUGCCGCGAGGGAGGACGGUGCAUUCCAGACACCGCAUGCGAUCAACAAGGACAAGAUCGGCGAGGCGAGCAUCAGGCUGCAAUUCGGGAGCGACGAGACGUGGACGAGGGCCUUGCGGCAUGUGUUGGUCACGUGCAAUCGGGUGCUGAUGUGGAUGGGGGAGCGCGAGAGAAGGGGGCAGCAGGGUGCAGAAGGCGGAAGGGUCGUCAUCAACGGCAGGGAUGUGGCUGCCGGCGGCGGAGGCGGUCUGAGAGGCGGAGCCGGUGUGGCCGCCUGA